GCGACAACGCGAAAUGACAGUGUCAGCCAACUGUCAAACAAACAAAUUGUUGUCAGACAAUAAUGGCAGCGGGGCCAAUUGCAGAAAGAAAUCAAGAUGCCACAAUAUACGUCGGAGGUCUCGACGACAGAGUCACGGAGACGUUACUCUGGGAGCUUUUCGUACAAGCCGGACCGGUGGUAAAUGUGCAUAUGCCAAAGGACAGAGUGACGCAGACCCAUCAAGGAUAUGGAUUUGUUGAGUUUAUGGGUGAAGAAGAUGCUGACUAUGCUAUAAAGGUUAUGAACAUGAUAAAAUUAUAUGGUAAACCUGUAAGGGUGAACAAGGCAUCGGCUCAUCAAAAGAACUUGGAUGUGGGUGCCAAUGUGUUUAUAGGAAACUUGGACCCUGAAGUAGAUGAAAAGUUACUUUAUGACACAUUCUCCGCUUUCGGUGUUAUCUUGCAAACACCCAAGGUCAUGAGAGAUCCGGAAACUGGUAAUUCCAAAGCAUUCGCCUUCAUCAACUUUGCCUCAUUUGAGGCGUCUGACGCGGCUAUCGAAGCUAUGAACAACCAAUAUUUGUGUAACAGACCAAUUUCAGUGUCUUAUGCGUUUAAGAAAGAUGUCAAAGGAGAGCGGCACGGAUCUGCAGCAGAAAGAUUACUGGCUGCUCAAAACCCUUUAUCGCACGCGGACCGUCCUCACCAACUGUUCGCGGAUGCCCCUCCACCGAUGAUGGGGCCGGUGUUGAUGGCGCCUCCACCGCCGCCGACUCCGACGCCGAUGCCGCCGCAAGGACCUCCGAUGAAUGCACGGCCUCCUCCACCUUUGCCUAUGGCGGCGCCCCCACCUCCGCCGUCGUCAAUGCCACCGCCGGGCCCGCCGCCGCCACCAGGGCCACCGCCACCUCCGCCGCCAUUCCACCAUUUCCCCCCGCCUCCGUUUGGGCCGCCAGGUUUUGGACCUCCUCUCCCUCCUGGUGCGAGACCCCCACCUCCGUGGAGGCCGCCACCGCCAUCCUUCAGGCCUCAGUUCCCGCCGCGUGGGCCGCCACCGUUUGGGCACCCGCCGUUCCCGCCACACCCGCCUGAAGCGAAUUAUAGUUAUUAAAUGUAAAUAAAUGAGUGAUAUUUGUGUUUUAUUUUUA